UUUUGUGCGGCCGGCAGUUAAGUACUAUAAUAUUUUGGGUGUAGUCAUUUUUCCCUCUUGUGAAUUUUUAAAAUUUCAAAUAAAUAAAAUAUUUACCCAACCAAAUACCUUUGUUUUUUUUCAAUUAAUCAAAAACUCAAAGUGCAAACAAAAACUUUGUGUUUACGAAAAAAAAAAAUAACACAAAAUUCUCAGUCUCUAUAAAAAUUGCCGCGUGUGUGUGGAGGAUAUGAACUAAAAAAAAACCCAACACUCAAAUAAAUUAACAACAAAUUUCCAAAAAAAAAUAAAUAAAAAAAUGUUUAGGGAAAAAUCCAGCUCCGAAACGAAUGUCAACUGCCAAAAAUCGUGUGUGAAAUGCGACAGGACCGGCAUGCCUUCCUCAGACACACGUAACACAGAAACAUCGAAUAGAAUACGGCCAUUUGAAGAACGCUUGAAAAACUCAAGAACACUUUUUGAUCUUUCGCGGACAAAAGUUGAAAUUCUGCAAAAAAGAACAAAAACAAAACGUGUGAAAACAUUUGAGAAACCCUCAGAUAAUUCAUGGAUAACAAGUGGCCAUAUUGGUUCACGUGAUGCGGUUUUAGUCUUUCGCACCAGCAUAUUAAACUCAAAAAACGAUGAAUACGUUUCCCCCAACAUUUCCGAUGACCAAAAUGUCUCUACCAGCAAUACUAGUCUCGAUAAUUGCAGUAGUGAUAGCUCAUCAUCGCUUAAUAUUACUGCAAAAUCCACAUCAUCCCUGGAUACCUCCUUAGUUAAUACAUCAAGUAGUAAAGCCAAAGUAUUGCUAUCACUGCCAAAAAAUGUCAAGACUAUUAGCAAUAGUUCUAGUAAUAGUCUAGCAAAUAGAAAACAACCCUUGGGUGCCCGUCAAAAAGAGAUUCUCAAAUCAUCAUCGCCAAAAAAACGUCUACAUGAUUCGCUAUCCUCCAGUGAGACUUCAAUAUCAAGUGAAUGCGAUGAUCCGCUUGAAGUUGAAGAAGACAUACGUCUAUCUCGAUUGGCAACCAUAAAUAGUCGACCGACAAUCUUUGUGCAUAAUGAAGACGCGGAUGGUUCCAAUGCAUUGCAAAAAAGUGACUCCUUCGAUAAUAAAGAGAAUGAACAUGAUGAGGAUCAACCCGAAUCGGGAGAUCUUCCCGCAGUUAAGUUAAACAUUACCUACAAGUUUAUGAAUACCGAAACGAAACUUCUGAAGAAGAUCUUUGUUCGACAUGGUCUUACCGAAGCAGAUGGUGAACAGAAUUUUAAUAUUCUAUGGACUGGUGUCCAUAUGAAGCCAGACAUCCUAAGGAAUUUAACACCUUAUCAGCGAGUCAAUCAUUUUCCAAGGUCUUAUGAGUUAACGCGAAAGGAUCGAUUAUACAAGAACAUUGAGAAAAUGCAACAUUUGCGAGGCUUCAAGCACUUUGAUAUUGUGCCACAAUCAUUUGUACUGCCAAUAGAGUACAGAGAUUUGGUAUCAGCUCAUAACAAGUAUCGAGGGCCAUGGAUUGUUAAGCCGGCAGCUUCAAGUAGAGGUCGUGGGAUUUUCAUUGUAAAUUCGCCCGAUCAAAUCUGUGCCGAUGAGCAAGUACUUGUGUCCAAGUAUGUUGCAGAUCCACUCUGCAUUGAUGGUCAUAAAUGUGAUUUACGAGUUUAUGUUCUGGUCACCUCAUUUGAUCCUCUCCUAAUCUAUGUCUAUGAAGAAGGUCUUGUCCGUUUGGCCACUGUCAAAUACGAUCGAAAUGCAGAGAAUCUCUGGAAUCCAUGUAUGCAUCUUUGCAAUUACAGCAUUAACAAGUAUCAUUCGGAUUAUAUUAAAUCAAGUGAUGCUCAAGAUGAAGAUGUUGGUCAUAAAUGGACCUUAUCUGCCUUAUUGCGUCAUUUAAAAAGUCAAGGUUGUGAUACCCGUCAGCUGAUGUCGAAUAUCGAAGAUCUGAUUAUCAAGUCAAUCUUUGCUACAGCUCAGUCGAUUAUAUCAGCAUGUCGGAUGUUUGUACCAAAUGGCAAUAAUUGCUUUGAAUUGUAUGGCUUCGAUAUCUUAAUAGAUGAUACCUUAAAGCCGUGGCUGCUAGAAAUCAACCUAUCACCCUCGAUGGGUGUGGAUAGUCCAAUUGAUACAAAAGUCAAAGCUGCUCUUAUAACCGAUUUGCUGACUCUGGUUGGUAUUCCGGCUUAUAGUCAGUUGAUGCGAGCUCAUUAUGAUAGCACAUGGUCUCGUUUUCGCAAUGUCAGCUAUGGACGACGUACAAAUUCAGCUGAUCAUCUGGGAGUUGGUAAGAAGAGUGGUUCCGUCCAGCACAAAGUUCCAUUAACAGCCGAAGAGCAGCGAAUAAUUCGCAAUGUCCGUCUUCAAAAUGCCCGUCGAGGUGGAUUUGUUCGAAUUUUCCCUACAGAAGAUAGUAUGCAAAGGUAUUCGGCGUUUCUGGAUCCAGCAUCUGGAAUUCCAAUAUCGACAACUUUUACUCAGGGUCAGGGAAUGUACUCGAUGAUUAUGCCACACAAUUUCAAUCAAAUGCUCUUUGACCAUUUGUAUGGCAGGGAAUCAAAAGGAACAGGCUGUAACGAGGAGAAUAGCUACGAUGAGCGUAUGAAUCAGUAUGAACGUGUUUUGGAGACUGCUACUCCAAUAUCAUUCGGUCGAAAGAAGACCGAACCAAAGUGCAUUGAGGAGGGAAGGCGUUUACGGAAACAAAUUCGAAAACUCAUUGAAAAUGGCUCAGAAUUUACCCAGCUGCAAGCUAGGCAAACUUUUGGACUUUAUUUGGAAUCAAUUUUGAGACGAUUAACCCAAGAACCCCGCGACUAUCAUGAGAAAUUGAUUCUUAAAUUCAUCAGUCGUGUAAAUGGUGGCAUUAAGGCGCCAGUUUUCUUCAAAAAUCCCUUCAACUAUCGAGUCAUGAGCAAAGAUCGCUCUGCAAUGGUGGCCAAACUCUUGGGUGACUAUCUCGAAGGAUACAAUCGCGAUACAGAAACUUACAUUGAUUCAUUUGAUAACUAUGGCAAAAUUCCAAUUGCACUAUUCAAUGAUUUUACUACUCACGCUCAGGAGGCUGAUUUGGAGUCGGUGCUAACACUGCACACAAAUCUUACACAAACCAUGCCAUUUCUCUAUAAUCGUUGCGGACCAUCGGUGCCAGCAACUCCACCAAUUCCAACAGGUGCACAUGGUUUUCUUAAAGCCCUACCUUCAAUGAUUGCUGGAGGUUCGAAAGAAAUGAAUCGAAUUGAUAUCUAUUACAAGAAUCCAUCAGCAUUGCCAUCACCCACACAGGAGUCAACAAAUUCGAAGGCGGCGACAACGAAUGACAAGCGGCCGAAUGUAAGUGUUUCGAAAAAAGUUACACCAUUGAGGAGAUAGUUUUGUAAACAUCCGGUUAACAAUGGGUAAACUGAAAAAAUAAAAAUUAUUCUAUUUUGUUUAUUUAUACAAAAACAAUUUA